UUUUAGGACCUUCGCACAGAACUGCCGAAACAUUGAACACUUAAACCUAAAUGGGUGUACAAAAAUCACUGACAGUGCGUCUGCUCUUUUUCAGCACGUGUUAUAGCCUUAGCAGAUUCUGUUCCAAGCUGAAACACCUGGAUCUGACCUCCUGUGUGUCUAUUACAAACAGCUCCUUAAAGGGAAUCAGUGAGGGCUGCCGUAACCUGGAAUACCUGAACCUCUCUUGGUGUGAUCAGAUCACGAAGGAUGGCAUUGAGGCGCUGGUGCGAGGUUGUCGAGGCCUGAAAGCCCUGCUCCUGAGGGGCUGCACACAGUUAGAAGACGAAGCUCUGAAACACAUUCAGAAUUACUGCCAUGAGCUUGUGAGCCUCAAUUUACAGUCCUGCUCACACGUCACCGACGAAGGCGUGGUGCAGCUGUGCAGGGGCUGCCACCGCCUGCAGGCCCUCUGCCUUUCGGGUUGCGGCAACCUCACGGAUGCCUCUCUUACAGCCCUGGGUUUGAACUGCCCGAGACUGCAGAUUUUGGAAGCUGCCCGGUGCUCCCAUUUGACUGACGCAGGCUUUACACUUUUAGCUCGGAAUUGCCAUGACCUGGAAAAGAUGGAUCUUGAAGAAUGCAUCCUGAUAACCGACAGCACACUCAUCCAGCUCUCCAUUCACUGUCCUAAACUGCAAGCCCUGAGCCUGUCCCACUGUGAGCUCAUCACAGAUGAUGGGAUCCUGCACCUGAGCAACAGCACCUGUGGCCAUGAGAGGCUGCGGGUACUGGAGCUGGACAACUGCCUCCUCAUCACUGAUGUGGCACUGGAACAUCUAGAGAACUGCCGUGGUCUGGAGCGCCUGGAACUGUACGACUGCCAGCAGGUUACCCGCACAGGCAUCAAGCGGAUGCGGGCUCAGCUCCCUCAUGUCAAAGUCCAUGCCUACUUCGCUCCUGUCACCCCACCAACAGCAGUAGCAGGAAGUGGACAGCGACUGUGUAGAUGCUGUAUCAUUCUCUGACAGCAGCUAUCUGAGCCCAAGGAAUGACGUGAUGUUAUCUUCCUCCAGAGAAGACCCGAGUCUUCUGAACUACUCCACCAUCAUCCAAAUCUGUUGAUUCUCCAUUGGGAAGGGCAUUUACAGGUAAAAAGACCUCUAUAUGGAAUGCAGUAACUCUUUCACCUUUAUUCCGCUGUGAUGCAAUCAGAUCAAAGCAUUGUGUCAGUUAACACGUGGCAAGAGUGGUCUUAGUGCAGCCAGGACCAUGCAACAAACCUGAAACUCUUAAGAGGUGGAUACCUACCUAGGUACAAAAGUCCUACCCUUGGCUUUAUCAGCAUUCCUCAAACGGAUCAUCAGUGUUUUAGCACAAAAUGAGCAGAAAAAAAUAUAUAUGCUAUUGAUUUUCUACGUGAUACUUAAGCCAGUGGCCUACUUUAAUUCACAAUGAUUCCAUUUUGAUUAGCAGGACUUCUCCACUUUGAAGAUUAAAUAGCAACUUUAUCAAAGUGACUGUACUGAAAAUUCACAACGCCUGAUAAGUUUUUUUAUGUAGAAACUUAUGUGGAAGGCAUGUUAAUAGAUUUCCAUGAGACACCAAAGAAAUGAGGACUCUACACUGGGUGGAGCAGGGUCUUCACCUUUCUGUUUCUGUCAUAUACACCUACAGGGACCAAAAACUAAACAAAAGCAACUCAGAGUUUGUGUUGCCUGAUUGGAAAUUAUAAGCUCUGGCGUAUGCUACAGCACAUAAUACAUUUUUGUUAUAGGAAAAAAGCUAAUUAUGUCCAUACUCUCACAAAAUUUGGGGGAUCUUAAAGAAACAGAAUUGAAUAAGACUUAAGUUUUCUAUAAUAUAAUCAAUUAAAAAAAACAAUGAAUGGAUGCAUGUAGAAUGAAUGUGGCUUUUUUCAAGUUUAUUUUAAAAUCUUAGAAAUCAGGUUACACCAGAACUAUUCAAAAAUUUUACACACUUCAAACUCAGAUCAGUAAAGUGUUGGCACCUUUUAGACUCAUAAAAAUGAAUAAACCAUUGCAAUGCUUAAAAAAAA